GACGUAGAUAAAAUCACACUGCGCAAACUUUUGAGUCUUCAGUCAGGCGUGAUAAUACGCGUAGCCUUCAUGUACCCGAUUUGAACAGUCCGUGAGAGAGAGAGAGAGAGAGAAGAAAAAAAUCCUUUGUUGUCAGUUAUUUGCUAGACCUGUAGGCUACAUAUGUUCCAAAUGUCCGUGUUACGGGUUUGAUCACUUAUUAAGAAUUGGCCUUUCGACGCUUUACUUCAAACAGUGAAGACUAGCACCAUCGGAAAUAUGUGGAUCGAUGUUCCCAACUUCUGUCAAGAAAGCAGGUCCAAGCAAACUCUUGUGAUUAUAAUUUGUCUCGGCUUCGUAUCGUCCGUUUGGUGGAUGUCCUCGACGGUAAAUAUAUCAAAUGUAAUGCAAGGAUUUGUCCAAACCACCUGGCAACGGUCCAACAAUAUUUUAGCCACAAAAUCAGAAUCUUUCCUAGUCACUGUUAACUAUACUGACAAAAGUCUAUUCAAACGGCCACCUUUGAACAAAGGACCAAGAGUCAGAAAACUAAUUUUACUGAAAAACAACCCAUCGUGGCCUUGGUACCCGAUGGCGGUAAAACAACUUGAAUCAUGUUCAGCCAAUUGCUCCAUCGUAACCUCUGGCAACAACCUGAGCGCUUUUGAUGCCGUUAUAUUCUACGCAGUGGGUCAUAAAGAAGCGGUUCCACCCAGAAAGACUUCAGGCCAAGUGUGGAUUUAUUUUAUAAAAGAGUGUCCACACUACAGUGCGGACUCUAACUUUAACAAGCCAGAAUGGAGAAACAAGAUCAAUUGGACCAUGACGUACAGAUCAGACUCUGACAUCAGGUAUCCGUAUGGACGUAUAUAUAAAAGAGAAAAACCAAGACAGUUUGAUUUUUUAGGAUUAGCGAGAAACAAAACGAAACUGGCAGCGUGGUUUGUGAGCAACUGCAGGACGCCAAGCCAACGCGAGCGAUACGUCCAGGAGAUGAAGAAGACGAUGGUGGUGAACGUUUACGGGGAUUGUGGCGAUACAAAAUGUGGUGUUAGAAAUAGUGAUGACGGCUGUAAAAAGAUGCUGUCACGGGAAUACAAAUUCUAUCUAUCAUUUGAAAACAGUUUGUGUCAUGACUACAUUACGGAAAAGGCCUUUCUUUACAUGGGGGCAGACAUUGUGCCCGUGGUAAGAGGAGGUGCGAAUUACAGUAAAUUUUUACCUCCCAAUUCGUUCAUCAAUACAGCGGAUUUCAAGAGUCCCAAGCACCUUGCUGAAUAUCUUCUCUACCUGGACAAAAAUCACACGGCUUAUGUAGAAUAUUUCCAGUGGAAGAAUCAUUACUAUUCGAAAAGAACUAGGAUUGGUGUUUGUGAACUGUGCCAAAAGUUGUUCAAUGCUACAAGGUACGCCAAUCUUUACGAGGAUGUUUAUUCUUGGUGGCAUAAAGGUACUUGCUUCUCUCCAAAAGAUUUGGAUUCAGAAACAAAAUCAGGAAACAAGAAGAUGAAAGUGUAAUUAAAUUUGUAUUAAAAGUAUAUCAGCUG